CUGUUACUUUAUGGUGCCAAACAAUCCUCGAGUCCCCUCACAUCCAUGGUGCCAAACGACCCCUAAAUUUUUUGAUGCCGCACCUGAAAUUCUCCCUCUAAUCCACAGCGGAAAAACAUCCAACAUCUGGAAGGAGAUAUUCCUCAGCUAUCCGCGGAAUACAAAAAGUCAUUCGAACAUCAUCUGGAAGGAGAUCUUCCUCAGCUACCCGAUAAAUACGAACAGUCAUCCGAACCUAGGGUUACUCUUUCUCUCUCUCUCGGAAUUCUUUGAAGAAAUGGUAGAAAGACAGGAGAACGCCUGGCUUCGCGUACCCGACGAGCUUGCUGAGCGCAUCCUCGCCUAUCUCCCCAUUUCCUCCGUUUUCCGCUGCCGCUCUGUUUGCAAGCACUGGCACUCCCUCCUCUCCUCUCCCACCUUCGCUGAUCUCUGGGCCGCGCUUGCCCCCCGCACUCUCUACUUCCUCAUCUACCACACCCGCUCCUCCGUCGCGGCCUACUUGCCCCGCGCCCGCUGCUGGGCGAACCUCCCCCUUUACGACCGCUGCUCCUUGGACCCCAGCCAGGUCCUCUUAUUGGCUUCCUCCGCCGGCCUACUCUGCUUCCGCAACCGUAAUUUAGAUUACCCUAAUCUAAUUAUAUGUAAUCCAGUCACUAGGACGAGUAGAAUCCUCCCUGAGAUGCUCCAGAUCCGUUACAUUGAUGCCGUUGGCAUGGUCGCCGAUCGGGCAUCUGGUCAUUAUAGAAUUCUUGUUAUGGGGACAACUGAACCUGCGUCCAGUGAGAGCAUCACCGAGGUCUACGAUUCGGAAACUAGUCAGUGGGCCCACCACUGCCGCUCCCAGCAUGAAUUCUUGCAGUUCUGGCAUGAGGUCCAUGCCAUCUUUCAUAACGGGUUCUUUUACUGCCUCGCCAUCCCUGUCCAAACCUUGCUGGGCUACCGUCUGAUCACUUACAAUUUGGAGAGAAGGGAUUGGGUUGAUCUGAAUGUUAGGUUGCCGUCCGGCGAUAUACGUUGCCUGGCACUAGUUGUUUGUAGAGGGAGGUUGUUUUUGACAGGAAAGAUUAUGGAGGAUUUCUUGAUUGGGAGCAUUUGCAUUUGGGAGCUUAGUUGGGAGAGUCUAAGAUGGGUUAAGGUCGAUGCGGUUCCUGAUGAGAUAUUGAGGAAGAUAGAUUCCCCGCACUCAAUAUUGAUCCACUGUCAGGGACACGGUGAUUUCAUGUGCUUUACCAUGCAUCAUGGGUGGCAGUCGAUUAUCUACAACUUGUUGGAACGAACUUGGGAGUUGUUGCCAGAGGAGAACCAUGUGUUUGAUCAGAGUCAGUCCCUGUCAAUGGGGAGAAAUAAUCUUGUUGUGUUGCCGUAUGAGCCAAGCUUGUUAGACAGAGUUUAAAAUCGCUCGACGAUACAAUUGUUGUUGGGUUGUAUACUGGUUGUGCUCUUGUGAAUUGUUGGUAACCCUUGCAAUUGGCAAUCCAUGUUUAUCUUACUUUCAGUUAUGGGCUCGUGAUUUUUCACCUCACCAUGCUCUGUUUGGAAUAUUAUUUUAGCUGCAAACUUGUUCAUA